AAAAAUAAAAAGAUUAAAAAUUAAAAGAACUAAAUAUAAAUAAAAAUUCCCCUCGAAAAUAAAGUAAAAAAAAAAAAAUUGAGUUAGUCUAUAUUCAUAGAGUAAUUUUAUCCACUACUCUACUGUUGAAUCACUGUAGAAUCGGAGAAAAGAAUAUAUUUUAUAAUAAAAUUCAUGGUAUAAAAUAGAAUAGGUUUAGAGAUGCUUUUAUGCAUACUUUUUUCAUCUCAAAUUUUGAUAACCAUUAUAAUUAUUUUUUCUGGACAUGCAAAAGUGAAUACACGAGUCUUCUAAUUUCAUAUAUAGCAGGAGAGAUAUUCAUAAACUAUUACAAAUAUAUAAAUGAAAAUAUUUAAAACAAAAAAAAAGUUAGUAACGCGGGCAGAUACACACGAUAACCUCCAAAUAAAUAUAAAGCAGAAAACUGAAGAAUUGCUCACUCACUAUACUCAGUCCUAGAAAACAAACACGAUCGUCUCUUUCUCUCUCCUCUCUUUCUGUAUCUCAUCCCUUUCAGUAAUGGCGAUGAUGGUGGAGAAUAGCUAUGGUUACGGUAGUGGAGGCACCGGAGAAAGGAUACAGUUCAUGGUGGAAGGUCAAGGCAAGGCGGUUCCUGCGCCGUUUCUGACUAAGACGUACCAGCUUGUCGAUGAUCCAGCGACGGAUCAUGUCGUUUCUUGGGGAGACGAUGACACUACUUUCAUCGUUUGGCGUCCACCGGAGUUUGCUCGUGAUCUUCUUCCUAAGUACUUUAAACACAACAACUUUUCUAGCUUCGUUCGUCAGCUCAAUACUUAUGGUUUCAGAAAGAUUGUUCCAGACAGAUGGGAGUUCGCGAACGAGUUUUUCAAGAGAGGAGAAAAGCACUUACUCUGCGAGAUCCACCGGAGAAAAACAUCUCAGAUGAUACCAAACCAACACUCUCCGUUCAUUACUCACCGUCCUCCGCCGCAGAUUCCAUUCUCCGACGGCACUUCUUUCUUCCCUUUACCACCGCGUGUCGACGCCGCCGCCGCUUCAAUAGACGACCGUUACUGGUGCGAAUCUCCGCCGCCGAGACCACGAGCCAUACCCACUACAGUGGAUGCGCAAGUCACCGCUUUAACCGAAGACAACGAGAGAUUACGACGGAGCAACACGGUCCUAAUGUCAGAGCUUGCUCAUAUGAAGAAACUAUACAACGACAUUAUCUACUUUGUUCAGAAUCAUGUCAAGCCUGUUGCUCCAAGUAACUCUUACUUACCAUCUUUCCUACAGAAACAGCAACAACCUCCUCCUCCGCUCGAUUAUUACAAUAAUGCCACUGUCCCUAAUCACUCUCCUCCUACUUCUCAAAGCUCCAUUAGUGUUCUUGAAAAUGAGACUAAUUACAAGGAGAAUAAUACGAGGAAGACAAAGCUUUUUGGAGUUUCAUUGCCUUCUUCCAAGAAAAGAUUACAUCAUUUUUCACAUCAAAGUAGCAAAACUCGACUGGUGUUGGAUAAUUCAGACCUUGGAUUGAAUCUCAUGACUGCUUUUACACGUUAAAAGUCUUUUUUUCUUUUCUUUUUUCUUUUAUCUCGUUAAGAAUCAGCAUUAUUAGCACUUCUACUAGUGUACGUUUAUGAUGGACUUCGAUCUUACUUUUUUGAUUCCCUGAUUAAUAAUAAAAUGGUAAACCAUGGAGAGAGAA